UCUGCUAGAGGCCGCUAGUUCUUAGAUUAUACGGUUAUUAACAGAUAAAUAAACAAUUGUCAGCUGCAUGUGGUCGCUGUCAGAUUCAACAAUAAAAGAUUUUUGACUAAAAAUCGAUCCACCCUAAUACUGAAUAAUGGGGAAAACGAAGACUGGAAAGGGAGCGGCUAUUUGUACUGGAAUCGCUUUCGUUUUGGUUGUAAUAGCCUUCACCACGCCCAACUGGCUCGAAACAGACGGAAAAUUAGAGAAACCCAAGUUCGUUAAAAUAGGUCUAUGGCAAGUUUGUUUCCAAGGAAUCCAGGACACUCGUCAUUUUUACGACGAUACUAGGUUUUACGGGUGUUGGUGGGUUUUUGAAGAAGAAUAUUAUAUAAUUCACGACAUAGUACUACCUGAUUUCUUCGUGGCAACGCAGUUCUUCUUCACUUUGUGCAUGACACUGCUCUUAAUUGGAGGUUCCUUGGCAACGCUUUACACUUGCUGUUCUCGACAGCACGAUAAAUACCAGCUGUUGCUUUGGGCAACCGGUGCAAACCUGCUACUUGCCGGAUUCUGUGGGAUGAUAGCAGUUAUUAUAUUUGCUGCGCGAGGAGACGGUCGUGAUUGGAUGCCAAACUGGGAGCACAAUCAGAUCGGAUGGUCCUUUGCACUUGCUGCUUUUGGGUCUGCUUUUGUAAAUAUUGCAGGCAUUUUAUUCCUGAUUGAGGGAAGAAGGUAUAGGAAUCAAAUGCAGAGAACUAUCGAGGAGACGCGCAGAGUACACACGACCAUUUAAGGGUUACAAGGUACACAAGGAAUAAGAAAGAUCUUGUAAAUAUUGAUUACUCGCUUUAUAUUGUUGAAAACCAAAUUCGGCUCCGACUUGUUCUAGUUGCAUCUUAAUUUGCUGAGAGAUUUGUAAGGUCAGAGACAAUUGUUACUGCUCACAAAUGAACAGUGGAAUCUCAGCACAAUGUUUUUAUAUACCUAACUCAAAAAAAAAAUAUUUUAUUUAUUUGUACGCAAUCAUAUACGUAAUUCACCGUAAGUAUUUAGGGAAUUGUUAUUUGAUGUUCAGGAAAUCCGUCCACUAGAUAUUUUUCUAACUUAAAUGAUAAGUUUUAAAGAAUUACCAUUUUAUAUUAUUUGAAGGUUUAUAAAAAUAUUUAUCUAUGAAAUAUACGAUUAUAUUAUAUUUGAAAA